AUGGAUGAAUGCCAGAAGCUGACAGUGGCAUCAACCUGGAGGUUUGAUCCAGAAACGCUUCACAGGCAACUGGAAACACAAGAGCAGAUCUUCUGCAAAUACGAACCACUGACUGAUGUACUCACCUUUGAUAGCCAUGGGAUCAUUGGGGUAGCUUCUACUCUCGGUCAGCUUUUAGCAUCCGUCAUCGAUGAUGAAAAAGAUAAUGACUUACUGGAGAAACCUAAAAUAAGCCGAAUCAUCGUUCCUUCACCAGCGCAGGAACUCGAUCGUGAACCUGAACCAGCCGAUGGCGAACCUAAUCUCAUUGACACAUCUGUGGACAUGCAAGAAGAUUUACCAGCCUCUUUUCAAAGCAAAUACUGGGAGUCGAAAGAUGGUGGAAUUGAAUGUUUCCUCAUGCUACCAUAUGAUUUGUUAGCUGAGGUUGCCGAUGCAACUGGGGCACAUUUAUCAUUGGAAGCAGAAAAUCAACGAAUUCGGGUAUCCAGCAAUAUCCCAGCGUGGAUCGAAAAUGCCCUUGAUAAACUUACCAAUUUGGAAAGGUCGAUUUCACUUUUGACUUCGCCUCAUGUUGAAAACAUCUUGCAUGUACCUGAGGGCGAAAAAUUUCGCUUGAGGCUGCGUUUAUACGGAAGCCUGAAUAACCUCGCUCUCCGGCGUCUGCUCGUUGACCCAUCUACAAAAGGAGCAAACCAACUUGGGAAAAUGUACGCGACUUCCAUAGAGUUCUUGAAUCCAGAUACCAAAUCCAUUGAGACACCAAAGAACAUUGUUGCACCACCACGCCCGACACCCCUCAGGAAAGGGCAUUCUAAAUUGUGGAAUGAUUACCUAUGUUCAGAACUUGGAGAUGCUGCGAAUCUCCUAGGCCUUCCUCAAGUCGACGUUACACCCACUCAUGAACGACUCUGUCUUUCGAAAGAGACAACCUCACCGAUUCCACUGGAGGAAGCAGAAACCGAUAAUCACCCGUUCCUCAGUCGAGAAAAGGUGUCACGUGUGGAUAAAUGGGUCACUGAAGGUUUUGAAGCUGGUGCUGUAGGACCCUCGAGCUCUGAACCAAAUAUCCUUGACGUCCCUUCGCCAGAAUUAGAACCCCCGCCGGCGACUGUGGCGGGUAUAAAAAGACGAGUGGCCAUGCCUAUUGGCACGAGCAUCCAUAAAACCUCCGAUGCACCCGAAUCGAAGAACGCCAUCCCCAAGCCGCUACCUAUUGCUACGACUAGCCCACCAUUUGAGCCACAUUCGAUGUCGACCAUCCCAGACAAGUCAGAAGUACGAGCGUCAUGUGUGAAGCCAUCGGGCAGUCAAAAUAAAACCACCGAUCUAAUUGACAUGUCAUCAUGUCCAAAUAUGGUACCGGCAUCGAUCCCCAAAUUAUCAUUCUAUCAGUCGCCCCUUAUUCCUACCAGGGUCGCGCAAGAUGCCUUUCCUGUUACGUCAAGACUCUCAAGCACAACGCCGCAUGGAAACUUAGUACUGUCACCUGCAUAUCCCAAAUCCACGGUGCAAUCUCAUGCAAUUGACAAAGACAAAGAAGAUCAGGAUCUAACCGGUGCGUGCAGGAUGAAUUACGAUCUUGAUGAGCCAGCUUCGACCGGGAAGGACCAGCUUCAGUGCAUCGCCGUAUCAGGGGAGAAUACCGAGUCGCCGAAUCUUGACCCGUUAGGGGUAUCGAGCCGAAAGCAAGGGUGUCCACCACUGAGAACUUUGAAUAGCAGCACCUACGGUCACUUUUAUAGUGAAUUGCCUAAUCGCAAAGAUGCGGCAGUAUCAAACCCUGAACAAAUAAAGGAGCGUUUACAAGGAGUAAGUGAAAUUGAUACUAGGAUUUUUCGGAAAACAAUGAGGCAACAAUCCGCAGUUACUGAGAGCAAACGCGGUUCAAAAGCAAGCCGGAAAGCGAAAAAGCAAGCCACUAUUGCCAAUGCUUGGGGAACUCCUGUGUUAUUAGCGGGGAAUGUCUCAGCGAAACAAACGGAUGCUUCGGGGCCCAGCAAAUGGAAGAGAGAGCAACAGGCAGAGUCAAAAACCAGUGAGACUAACCGCAUCAAGGAUCUUUAUAAUACAUUAGAUCCAAUCCUAGCCGCUGUUCAACGGUUUACUGGUAUUCUGUCUUUGGAAAUCCAGUUUGGGAUGGUUUUGAUCCACAGUGUACCGAAAAUGUACGCUGAUAAGGCAAUCGAUGUGAAGACAUGGGAAAGAUUGUUUCGGCCACAACACGGAAUUCGAGGACCAGGCACCAGAUUUAUGAACCUUUUGACAGCGUCCGGAGCAGACGUUGACUACAUCCUUAGUCUAAAGGAUGAUGCUAGGCAUCGGGAACUUUUUGCCGGGAGCCCCUCGACCCGCCAUAUUACUUACGAGUUCCAUUGCCAAACCAAAAACAACCAACUGAUUGUGGUCAAUGUCAAUGACUCGGGGGAGACUAUUGUUACGAGACCUGAAGCCGUGCUUGGUUCCGUCAAUGUACACUUUCCACACCAAAUCUGGGAUAUGAGGGUUGCUAUCAAAGGGGCCCAGGAGUACUCCCCCGGAAUCGACAAAGAGAUCGAUAUUGCCGUAGAGGGUCUCAUUUCAAACCUCUAUAUCUGCCCAAACAGAGCGAAAGUUUUGCUCUAUACCCGACUCGACAACUCUGAUGUUCUCCGUAUCACCAAAGUUUUGAUGCGGCGAUCAACUAGGCACAGAUGUUUUGAAGACGUCGAUGUUCCAAAAAGCGUCCCGGAACCACCUAGAGGCAGAGAUACAUUCACGCCUGACAAGACAAGCACCGCCGGAUCGGAACAUGGCUUGUUUCUACAGAUAACCGAAGUCCAAAAUCUACUACUUGGUCAAAUGGCAACUAAUAAAGCCUUGAUUCGUGCUCGUGCGCUGAGUCCUGAAGAGAUGGUUGAUAAUUCUAGACUCUGGUAUGAAGUGUCCAUCGUCAGCCCAGCAAUUGAAAAGAUAUUGGAGUCGAAUAGGAAUCUAUCAGUUGGUGCGCGUACAUGGAAUUGGGAACCACAUGAUCUACUUGGGGUCGAUGCUAGCAUCACGACUGAACACGCAGCCGAGGCUAAACGCCGUGUUGGAGCUGACGGUUUGCCCAACAUGUAUCGAAUUGCGUCGCGUCUCACAGCAAAAAUCGAUGGAGUCGGAUGGGCGAACCCAGGGCCCGGUAUUGAGGUUCGAGCAAGUUUGCCAGCUUCUUCAAGCGUUGCAGCGGGAUCUACCUUAGCUGUUGCUGCUGUUCCUGUCGUCGAGAACAAGCCAAUCACCAACAUAAGCGCGAGUCAGGAUGUCUUCGGCAACCUAGACAGUGUCAGUACCAGAAACGCUGAGGAAGCCGAAGAAUUCUGGUAG